ACACCAGAGUACGUUGUUUCUGCUCGGGUUUAAAAUGGCGGCACUUCUACGUUCUUUGUUUAAAUGUUGCUUGUGGUGUUCAGUGAUUGUUAAGAACGCUUGGUGAUAGAAUUCAGGAUAGUAUAUACUUUGACACAAUAUUUUACAGAAGAUGUCGACUUUAUAUGAUCAAAUAAAACUUCUUUACGAACAGUCCUUAUAUUCAAAUGUUAUUUCUUUGGCAAAUUUAGUACUAUCUCUAAGUGAACACAAUUCAGAUUUAUUGCCAGUAUAUGGAAAAUUUCAUAUUUAUGUAUAUUAUGCUGAUGCUCACUUUUACUUGGGAAAAUAUAAAAGAGCAGAAGCAUUAUAUAAAAAAGCAUUACAAUUUCGUAAGUGUUUAUUAAAAUCUAAAGGUACUACAAAACCUUUAGAAGGCCAAAAAGAUUUUCCAACAGAUGUUGACAUAAAAUUUCAAAUUCACUUAUGUUUAAUGAAAUUAAAGAAUUCUCAAGAAGCAUUUCAAGUGCUGCAAAAUAUACCUGGUAAACAAAGAACUCCAAAGGUAAAUAUGGCACUUGCAAAAAUGUUCCAAGAACAAGGAAUGGAACGAUCUGCAAUAACCACAUAUAAAGAAGUUCUAAGGGAAUGUCCAUUAGCUUUGGAAGCUGCAGAAGGUUUACUUUCCCUUGGAAUAAAAGGAAUUGAAGUAAAUUCAUUAAUUGUUGGUUGUGCAUCCAGUUUGUCAAAUUUAGAGUGGUUGAAUACCUGGAUUAAAGCUCAUGCACAUAUACAUAAUAGAGAAUAUACCCAUGCAGUAUCAACAUUAAGGUCUUUAGACAAUGUUAAUUUGUUAAGAGAUAAUUUCAACCUAUUAACUACAAUGGGAGAAUGUUACUACUAUGCAGGAGAUGAUAAAAAUGCUUUGCUAUGUUUAGGAAGGGCUAGGAACAUAGAACCAGAUGUUAUGAAAGGGGUUGAUGUUUAUGCAGCAGUAUUAUAUAAAACACACCAUAUUAAGGAACUUGAAAGACUAAUUCCAAGUAUAACAGCAAGCAAUGAAUGUACUGGAGAAAUUUAUGUUGCUAUGGCAUAUUCUCUAUAUGCCACUAGAAAACUUGGUAGAGCAAAUACUUUAACAGCACAAGCCUUGAACUUGAAUCCAAAUGAUAUAGAAGCGACAAUUCUUAGAGGAAAUAUUCUUAUAGAGCAAAAAAAAUACCAGGAUGCAUUGUUUUUCUUUAGACAUGCUGUACAAUUAAAACCAUAUCGAUAUGAGCCACAUAAAGGUUUAGUAGAUUGCCUUGUAGGAAUGCACAGGUUACGUGAAGCUCUCAAUAUUGCAAGUGGAUCUUGUAAACAACUCGGACAUACAGCAAGAGUUCUUACGCUUUAUGCAUCUGUUCUUAUGAAAGAUCCAGUUUCUGUUGGAAAAGCAAAAAAUCUUUUGGAAAAGGCAUUACUUCAGGAUGAAGUUUAUUUACCUGCAGUUUAUCUUUUAGCUGAAAUAUAUGAACAGGAAAUGAACUUGGAAGCUGCAAUUGCACUACUUGAAAGACAAGUAGAAAUUCAGUCAACCUGUAAAUUACAUCAGAUGCUUGGAGAUUUCUGGGCAAGAGUUCAUAAUGAGGAGAAAGCUUUAGAUCACUAUGCUAUUGCUCUAAAUCUAGAUCCGAGCAAUAGAAGGGCACUUGAAGGUAUGCACCGACUAGACAACUCUUCCAAUAAGCUAGAUUCAGCUUACUAUAUGACUGUGAGUGAAGAUCAGACAGAUACGACUUAUGAUGUGGGUGAUGGCUUACCAGAUACUGAUAAUGAGGAAGCACCUGAUGAAAGCGAAACUGAAGCGGUUUGGUCUGAUAUGGAUUUAGAAGCAAAUAGUCAAUAACAUAAAAAAUAUGUUAUUGAACUAGAUCUGCUAUAACUAAAUUAGGGCUAUAGUUACCUGUUAUUGUAUGUAAUUAACUGUUUGUUUGUUGAUUUACUUAUUUAUAAAUUAUUAGAACAAUUAAUGGAAUAUUUUGAACAGUUAAAAGUAUAAAUAAUAUUAGUUUCUUUACAGGAAUUUCACAAAUAAGAAAUUUCUUAAAAUGCUGUAACUUAUGUGAAUAGAAAAUUUUAUAUCUAAA